GUCUGCAAAGGAGUACAUAAAGACACCGGAGCCGUUCGCGCCAUCAAGGCUCUGCUUGUUUGGGGCCUUGCGGAUUCGUUUUCUCUUGGUUCGCAUGUAUUUCCUGGCUGCGAUCAGGCAAUCAACAGACACAAGAUCUCGGACCCAGCGCGGUUCCAGGUAGAGGUGGAUAUACAAUCCUCUCUGGACCAUCCGAAUAUCGUCAAGCUUUAUGAAGUUUUUCAAGAUGCAAAGCGCUUCUACCUGGUGAUGGAAAUUUGCUCCGGCGGAGAACUUUUUGAGCGAAUUGUCGCCGAAUCAGAGAAGCAUGAUGGUGCUCGCGCUUUUGACGAGCGCGGUGCUGCCACGUACAUGCAGCAGAUAUUAGGUGCCAUGAGUUACCUGCACAAGAACAACUUUGUUCACCGGGACAUCAAGCCAGAAAAUUUUCUGAUGCAGAAUACGGAUGCCAACGCCGAAAUAAAGGUUAUUGACUUUGGCCUUGCGAAGCACUUCGUUCCCGGCAGUUCCUCACCGAUGAAGACUCGGGCUGGCACUCCGUACUAUGUGGCCCCCCAGGUCCUGAGUGGAGCGUACGACGAGAAAUGUGAAAAAGACAAGGAGAUCCUUGCAAUGGUCAAGAAAGGAGAAGUGAAGUUUGAUCCAGCUGACUGGUCGGACGUGUCCAGCGACGCCAUCGAAUUCAUCAAGCUGAUGCUCACAUAUGACCCGCGACAAAGGCCAAGUGCCUCGACGCUGCUGAUGCACAAGUGGUUGACUGCAUCGGUCAGUGCUCCCGUAGGAGCAGUGGCCAAGGACUUGGGUCACAAGUUGAAGCGCUUCCAGAGCAAUUCGAGGAUGAAGAAAGUCGCCCUAACCCUCAUAGCCCAGCAGCUCAAAGACGAUGAUCUCAAGGAGCUCCGAGACACGUUCAUUCAGCUCGACAAGAACAGGGCGCAGCUGAGGCCUCGAAGAGAUUCAAACUGGCAUGAGGUGCAGAUAGUAAAGAACCUCGAUACGGAUGGAUCCGGCAACAUCGACUAUACUGAGUUCAUGGCAGCGACAUUAACCAAAAAGCAGUAUUUGAGGCGCGAAGUGAUGUGGGCAGCUUUUCGUGUCUUCGACACCAAUGGUGACGGUGUCAUCACGAAGGAUGAGCUGGCAAAGAUCCUGAAGGAAGAGGACAACAUGUCCUACAUUGAGAAGAUGGUGCAAGACGUGGACUUGGAUUCGAAUGGUGAGAUCAGCUUCGACGAGUUCUGUAAGAUGAUGGAGAAGGAUUCUGCGGGAAUUCUGAGUGCAGCAGCACAGUCCGAAGACAGAUAUGCAGUGUUGUUACCCGGUGACCUGGUUUCACUGUUCCAAUCCGGUCUUUCUGCGACCAUCGGUGCGUGGAAAGUCAAUACCACCGGAUGGCACAGGGCAGUGCUGAAUACUCUCAUUCGACAGAACGAAAGCUUGACCUCGCCCGUGGUGCAAACCCUUCCUAUGGGCAUGUUCGUACAUGUCAUCGCCAAGCAUGGCAGAAGGGUCAGGAUCAACUACCCAGCAGUGGGAUGGACAUCCAUUCAGUCGCCAACAGGGCAGCCAAUCUUGAUGUGGGACGAUCCCGAAGCCCGGAACAAGAACGUCUGGGACUUGCCACAGCAUGAGCGCAAUGCUGUGUUGGAGGCACGAGAGGUUCUCCGGCUCAACGCGUACAAAGAGAAGCAAGCGACGCAUGAUGCCAUGAUGAGGAAAGGAAUCACGUCAUUGGUGAACAGGUACAAGAGUGGAGAGCUUCAAAAGUCUUUGGAGCAUGCUUUUAGUGCUGACAAUAUCCGGACGAUACAAGGCACUAUCGAGGAGAGCAUUGAAAAUGUCGGCAACGCUACGGAGAAGGUGCUUCAUUCCCUGGCCGAGAACAAAACGAGCAAUGCCAAACUCGCAGAAGAAGUUCGGCAAGAUACAGACUUGAUCCGGAAACAGCAGCGUGAAUGGAGACAGGCCAAAGAAAGCAAAGCAACCAGCUGA